AUGGAAGCAGAUGGACCAUCAAAGGAUGUCGUGUUAGGAGAGGACGGCAAACCAUUAUCGAAAGCUGCCAUCAAGAAACUAGAAAAGGAGAAAGAAAAGGCUGAAAAAGCGCGUGAACGUGAAGCUAAACUGGCUGCUGAAAAGGCAGCCAAAGAAGCUGCUGAAGUUGAUGUAUCUCCUGACAAGUAUGGCAAAUUGCCAUUGAAUCAGUCACAAGAACGAACAAAGCAACCAAGGAAACGCAUUGAAGAACUAUCAGCAGCAAAUGCCAAUGAAGAGAUUCUCAUGAGAGCCAAGCUUGGAUUCUUUGUACUACGACAACGAGCAGGCACAGUUCAGGCAGUGCUGAAUGCUGAUGGUGUCAGUGUCAGCAAGGCCAUGUUGAGAUUUGCUCUGUCUAUACCAUCAGAGUCACUGGUGCUCAUUAGAGCUAAAGUUACUGUCCCACCUGACCCUAUCAAGAGCUGUACUGUUCGUGAUGUCGAGCUUAAACUUGUUUCGAUCCAUACCAUCAGUGAAUCAGUACCAAGAUUACCUUUCACAUUGGAAAGUGCCAGUAUGAAGGGAAAUGAUGAAGAUGAAAACGACAAAGAGAAUCCCUUGCCACGACUAUCUGUCCGAUUGGAUAAUCGUGUGAUUGAUUUGAGAACCAUCACAAAUCAAGCCAUAUUUAGGUUACAAGGUGCAAUCAGCAAACUCUUUAGAGAGUUCUUGGAUUCUCGUGACUUUGUCGAGAUCCAUACACCAAAAAUGAUGGGUGCAGCAAGUGAAGGCGGUGCCAACGUCUUCAAAAUCAACUACUUCAAAACAUCUGCCUACUUGGCACAAUCACCUCAACUACACAAGCAAAUGAGUGUUGUUGCUGGCUUUGAGCGUGUGUAUGAGAUUGCACCAGUAUUUCGAGCUGAAAACUCCUUCACACAUCGUCAUAUGACUGAAUUCAUCGGACUCGAUUUGGAAAUGGCAUUUGAAGAACAUUAUCACGAGGUUCUGGAACUUCUUGGUGACCUAUUUGUGUACAUAUUUGACGGACUCAAAAAACGAUAUGGAGAUCAUUUGGAUACUGUUGGUCGACAAUAUCCGUUUGAAGAGUUUCAGUAUCUACGCAAGACAUUGAUACUCCAGUUCAAAGACGGUGUCGCAAUGCUCAAAGCUGCUGGUAUAGAGAUGGGGGAAUUUGAAGAUUUGACUACUGCCAACGAACGGACUUUGGGCAAACUAGUCAAAGAAAAAUAUGAAACUGAUUUCUACAUUUUGGACAAGUUCCCGUUGGCAGUGAGACCGUUCUACACCAUGCCUGACCCAAAGAACGCUGGGUACUCGAAUUCAUAUGAUUUCUUUAUCCGUGGUGAAGAAAUCAUGUCUGGAGCACAACGAGUCCACGAUGCCGCAUUCUUGGAACAAAGAGCUCGUGAACAUGGAGUAGAAAUCAGUACCAUACAACCAUAUAUCGAUGCAUUCAAGUAUGGUGCUCCUCCACAUGCUGGUGGCGGUAUCGGUCUUGAACGUGUUGUCAUGUUAUAUCUGAACCUUGGAAACAUUCGAAAGACCUCAUUGUUCCCGCGUGAUCCGGUUCGCCUUGCUCCUUGA